AACUGGUUUAGCUGAAUGUAUACAAGAAGCAUGGGCUCCAACUCAUGAUACUAUUCGUAAUCUUGUACAAGGUGAAAUCGACACAUUUCUUUUUCUUUCUUCAUCACUCAAACAAGGACCUGUUCCACACAAUGUUCGAAUGAGCCAAACACGUUCUUAUUUAAAGUCUACGACAAUCAUACUCUAUGAAGAUCGAAUUAUCGAUUCAGAAAUUCCAUCUAAUUGUAGUACUCAUUAUCGUCCACCUAUGGAUAAGUCACAUGUUAUACCAUAUUAUCAACAGUUAUGGGGACUUGCUGAAUGCUUCGAUUUAGUUAAAGAAUAUGAACAAAAGAUGAAUAUUCGAUAUGAAUUUUUUAUACGUGCACGGCCUGAUUCAAUUUUAAAUAAUACUUUACAAAAGAUAGUACUUCCAAGUAAUUCAACUAUACUUAUUCCAAAUGAAAAUCAUUUUGGUGGUGUUAAUGAUCGAUUUGCAAUUGGUUCGAUAUCCACAAUGAAAAAAUAUAUGAGACGAUGGCAUGAACUAAAACAUUGUUAUAUACGAAAUAUACAUGCCGAAACAUUUUUAAAAUUAUUACUAAAUCAAUUUGGUAUUAACAUUAAACUUGAAACAGAUUUCUCUUAUCCACAAGUAGAACACGGAAAAGCACAAAAUUCGCUAACAAUUCUAUGCCAACAAUUUCCUCUUAUAUUUACUAAUACGAAUUCAAGUUUACAAUGUGCACGUUUACAAAAUGUCGAGAAUGUUCCAUCAUCAGAUUUAGAUAGUAGUAAUACAACUUCACCACUUACUCUAUUGGUUAUUAUUAAUCGCUCAUCACCAAUUAAUAUUACUGUUAAUUUUAGCGAAUCCUUCAAUUUUUCAUCAUCAAUCAAUGAAAUACGUAUAGGUAUUCUAGUCACGAAUUCAACUUUUAUUAUCAAUAAUCAAACAACAUUACCUUAUACUUCUUCUCAAAUACCUAUUCUACUUUGGAGUAAAUCCCAAUCAGAUUCAUAUAUGCUUACUGAUGUUCUUUCUCUUAAUGAUAAUCCAUAUAAAACUGAUACAAGUCUUUGUGAUUGGUCAUCUGAUCAAUGGAAUCGUUUAUUUAAUGGUAAUUCUUCAAAUAAAACAUCCUAUGUUUAUAUUCUUAAAACAAUCGAAACUAAUUUAACAUUUACUUUAAUUGAUACAAAGAAUAUUUCAUUACCAAAACCUUAUUUAAAAAUACUCUAUUGUAGUACAUAUACAUUUGGAACAAUCGAAAUAAUUCUUCUCGUUCUAUUUGGCCUUCUUUUUGCUCUUUUUCUUCUUGCAAUUAUUAUUUUACAUUAUCUUAAAGGUGCAGACAAUUUAUCUCGAUAUUUUCUACGAAUAACACAUAACAAACUAGAUGCAUAUUCAAAUUAUCCAAGACCAUCAUUAUCUGCAACUGAAUAUGUUGACUGA